GGUCAAGGCUAUUUUUGUAACUUCCCAUUUAGUUCAUCCUUCCGCAGCAGGGGACUUAAUUAUCCGAUGGGGUUCGAACACUUCCCCUGCCUCUGAUACGAUGACCACAACCGCUGCCCCAGCCACACCCUUGUACUUCCUUUCCCCGGCCAAGAUGGCCAGUUCAGAAGCACACCCAUUUGGUCGCUCUUCUCCCUCAAAGAAUCCAGCAUUUUAUCCAAAUUACUUCUCUCCUAACUCUAAGAUGACAUCUCUAACUCUAAUGGAACCCAAACUCCAAUCAGCCACCUCCAAUACAAACACUGUUGCUCGAUAUUCUUCACAGAUGUCAUCCCAAUCACAAGGCGUAGACCUUGAAAAUUAUGAUCUAGAAAGUUUAUGCAAGGAAGGAAACAUAGAAGCAGCCUUUCAAAUCAUAGACCAAAUGGCCACACAGGGAGCUUCAGCACAACCAGCGAACCUUGUUCUCUUACUCCAAUCUUGUAUCGAGUCCCGCUCGUUGGCCUCAGUAAGGAGAGCUCACCAGCUUAUACUGAGGUCCCCAUCUCUACACCCUGCACCAAUCCUUAACAAUUUGGCCUCUGCGUACUGCAAGCUCGGCAGCACCAAAGAAGCUCACCAACUGUUAAACAAAAUGCUCGAACGCGAACGGCGGGCGUCUUUGAAGGCUCCUUCCAGUCUGAGACCUACGCUGAGAGGAGUUAGCAAGGGUGACUCGAACCCGAAAAGGAGAGAGGCAUAUGAGAAGGUGAGGCAGUUGCACAAGGAGAUGAGGGCAGCGGGCUACGUGCCGGACACAAGGUUUGUGUUGCAUGACAUUGAUGAGGAGGCGAAGGAGAAGGCUUUGAUGUAUCACAGCGAGAGGCUGGCUAUUGCUUAUGGGCUUAUAAGCACGGCCCCAGGGACCACCCUAAGGAUCAUGAAGAACCUCCGGAUCUGUGGUGACUGCCACAAUGCCAUCAAGAUCAUGUCCAAGGUUGUGGAGCGGGAGAUCAUUGUUAGGGACAACAAGCGAUUCCACCACUUCAAGGAUGGGGUAUGUUCUUGUAGAGAUUAUUGGUGAGAGAUUUGUACAAAAACUGUUCUGUAUUGGUUAAGAGUUCUUUGGGUUGUCCAAAGUAUAGUCAUGACAAGGCUAUUCUUAUGCUGCAUUAGUCUUGAGUUCAUCAGUUCUUGAGGUCAGGUAUACUUGUAGCACAGCUGUUGAACUCGAGGUCAUGUGUUCACUGUGCAGUCAGUGAUUCAGCAAUUAAGAAGUUUCUCUCAUUAUUUUAGUAGUUCCCCA